ACGACGUCAGCAUCCCAGGCGUCGAUAGCGGAGAGGAAGCGCAGAGACGAGAGGAGGAAAGCCGUUCCGUUCAGAUGAGUGAUAAUCUCUCCUGAAGCUCACUCAUAUUCUGCAGUCGUUAUCUGCUCCAUCUGGGUCCUCCAAUCUCGGAUCAGGAAUUUAGAUCAUCGACAGCCAUGAACUACCUGCGCCGCCGUCUCUCCGACAGCACCUUCAUCUCCAACCUGCCCAAUGGUUACCUAUCAGACCUGCAGAAACCCGAUCCUUCCCAACCUUCUCCACCCGGGGUGGCAUCUGAAUCUCAGGUGUCUCCGAGCCAGAGCCAGAACCCGAACCCGAACCUGAACCUGAACCAAGAGAGGAAACCCCAGCCAGCUGCCCAGCCCUCAGGUGCAGGAUUCUUCAGCUCCAUCACCAAUGUAGUGAAGCAAACAGCAGCCUCUGCAGGGCUGGUCGAGCAGACACCCGUCUCUGUCUCCAAGAAGUUCAAAAUCCUGCUGGUCAUCGACGAGCCGCAGCAGGAAUGGGCCAAAGUGUUCAGAGGAAAGAAGCUUCAGGGAGACUAUGAGAUCCGAGUGGAGCAGGCUGAGUUUCAUGACAUCAGCGUGGUGUCUCACACUAAUGGGACCUGCAACGUGGCCAUGCAAGUCCUCAGGAACGGGACCAAGGUGGUGAGGUCUUUCAAGCCCGAUUUUGUCCUCGUUCGCCAACACGCCUUCAGCAUGACGGAGAAUUCUGAUUUCCGGAACCUGAUCAUUGGUCUGCAGUACGCUGGAGUCUCCAGCACCAACUCUCUGCAGUCCAUCUACAACAUGUGUGAUAAACCAUGGGCCUUUGCUCAGCUGAUCAGCACACACAGGAAACUGGGAGCUGAAAAAUUUCCGCUGAUCGAACAAACCUACUACGCAAACUACAAGGAGAUGGUAACCAUGCCAACCUUUCCUGUGGUGGUGAAAAUUGGACACGCCCACUCCGGUGUGGGUAAGGUGAAAGUGGACAAUCACACAAAGUUUCAGGACAUAGCGAGUGUGGUGGCCCUCACGCAGACCUACAGCACGUCUGAACCCUUCAUCGAAUCCAAGUAUGACAUCAGGAUCCAAAAAAUUGGAAACGACUACAAAGCCUACAUGAGAACCUCCAUCUCAGGAAAUUGGAAGUCCAACACAGGAACAGCCAUGCUGGAGCAAGUGGCCAUGACAGACAGGUAUAAGCUGUGGGUGGAUGCGUGCAGUGAGAUGUUCGGGGGUUUGGAUAUCUGUGCAGUUAAAGCUAUUCAUGGUAAAGAUGGAAAAGAUCACAUCACUGAGGUGGUCGGUUCGUCCAUGCCUCUGGUUGGAGAUCAUCAGAGUGAAGAUCGGCUGCUCAUAGCAGACGUGGUUAUCACCAGGAUGAACCAGGUCCUGUCCCAGAACCCUAAGAGACCCACCACCAUCCAGCCUUCACAGAACGGCUCUCAGAAGGACGCGGUGACGGACGGAAAGAAGACGCCGACACAGAAAGCUCCUCAAGGCUGUCUGCAGUACAUUCUCGACUGUAACGGAGUCGCAGUCGGACCCAAACCGGUUCAGGCCAACUGAGACCAGAGAAAGAGGAGAAGAGAGGGAGAAGGAAACAUGACGCUCUGCAUCAAGAUCUUACCACAGAUCAGCAGAUUGUAAUGCCACAGUGGUGUGUGUGUGUGUGUGUGUGUGUGUGUGUGUGUGUGUGUGUGUGUGUGUGUGUGUGUGUGUGUGUGUGUGUGUGUGUGUGUGUGUGUGUGUGUGUGUGUGUGUGUGUGUGUGUGUGUGUGUGUGUGUGUGUGUGUGUGUGUGUGUGUGUGUGUGUGUGUGUGUGUGUGUGUGUGUGUGUGUGUGUGUGUGUGGGCGGGUGUGUAUUCGACAGCGAGCCUGGACUGUUUAAUCCCCUAUGCAGUGUCAGUGUGUUGCUUUAGUUGUGCGCUUGUGAUGGUUGCUUGUUGUUCGUGUGUAAAGCGGUUGUGAAAUUCAGGGCUGUGUUUAACAACGUGGUGUUCUUCUAACGAGCAGAUGGUUAACUCUGAGCUCAGCAUUGCUUUCCUCCUCCUGAAUUAGCCUGGUUUUAACUUCUUCAUGAUCCUGCUUUCGUCUUCUAUAGUGUUCAGAGCGUUCAGUGUUCAGUAUAAAUGUGUACAGAGAUGAUUAUUGACUUUAUUUUUGCAUGAGCUCACAAUUCAGCUCACACAUUCGUGACGUCCUGGGUGUGUGUGUGUGUGUGUGUGUGUGUGUGUGUGUGUGUAAAACAUCGUCAGCUGUAGUUUAUUAAAAGGUUUCACAGCUCAUGAUUGUAGAUCUAGAUUAAAAUCAGGCUUUUAUUUACUCAUGAAGUCUUUAAACGUGACCUUUUAUUACAUUUUAUAUGAUUUUUGAGUCUAAAGAAGUUUCUAGGCAGCUUUUAGAUGUUUAUAAUACUGAGGCACUGAAAUUACAAUUAAUUAACACACUGGACCAACAUAAUAAUAAUGAUAAUAAUAAUAAUAAUAAUAAUAACAAUAAUAAUAAUAAUAAUAAUAAUAAUAAUAACAAUAACAAUAAUAAUAAUA